ACUCACUCACUCACUCCUCACAUUCUGUCCUUGGACGACUGCUUUUCUGACACAUUUUCUUUCCUCCCUUCCUCUGUCCGGUGAUGUCGUCCCUUCUGAGGGAGGAGAUGCAGAGAGUUUUAUUUCGGCCCGAAAAGCAGAGGUUGGUGGAGUUUAUCGAGAUCGAAGAGCCCCCGCAAGGAAGACAUUUCCUCUGUGUCUCAGUUGCAAAAAACAAAGUGGUGCAGUUAUGUAUAGUGCGAUGUCAGUUGUUGCAGUCAUCCGUAAAAUCUGGAUCCAAGCGGUCUCACACAAAACGCUCCAGCAUACAGGAUUGCUACAGAAGGACGGAGACAUGGUCCCUUCAAGACCUGACUCUUGUUGAUGGACGGGACCCUGACGUGGAUGACCCCUGUUUCCUGAUGCACUUUGAUAAAGUGCGAACAGUGACGGCCAUCAGCUGCUCGGCCAAAUAUUCCCUGGUGCGUGCCAUGGUUGCACUUAGCGAGCAGUACUGUCACAGGUCGCUGAAGUUGCGGAACUUUGACUGGACCUACAUCAAACCCACUUCUUUCUACUCCAACAGAGGAGAUUGUGUUGUUCUAUCACAGAUAUGCUUCUAUGCCUUUAAUCUGGUCUGUCUGUCCAUGUGUCCUGUGCCUCUGGAUGCAUAAUGGAAUGACGUGUCACAUAUGACUGCGCGUGUGCGUCUCAGGUUUAUAGAUUCCACUGUGACCAAAUACUGCUGAGGUGGAUGAUCUGACUCUUGGCCUGUGACUUAUUUUCCAUUCAGGGUUUGACAGAUGUUCACUCCUCCAGCAGGAUGUCUUUUCCAAGGACAUGUUACUUUGCUAAAUGUUUCUUCUUUCAAAAUACAAGUUUCAGGUAGCUUCAGGUGUUCAUUAUGUGUGUAAAUGACAUUUGUGAUCUUUAAUUUACUUGAUGUUUAAAAUACAGUGUUGUAUUCCAUGUGCCGUUGUUAAAAAAAGUGAAUUUUAAAUGGAAGAAAAUAAAUCUCUCAAAAUAA